GCUGAUUUCAAAAAUCUUCCAAAAUGCUGUCUUAUCAGAAUAUGACCGAGAGACAGCGCGAGUUGUAUGACAAGGUCAAGAAUGCGAGGGACUAUCUCGAAGUGCGUUGUGUUGAGAUUGGCGAUACUGAAGCGCAAAUCAUUGCCGAGGCGCUUAAGGUGAACACGACGGCGACUUCGCUCGAUCUGAGUGAGAAUCAGAUUGGCGAUGCUGGAGCUCUGGCGAUUGCUGAAGCACUCAAAGUGAACAAGACGCUGUUUUGGCUCAGUUUGAAUGAGAAUCAGAUUGGCGAAGCUGGAGCACAAGCGAUUGCUGAGGCUCUCAAAGUGAACACGAGGCUGGCUUAUCUCGAUUUGGGCUUGAAUCAGAUUGGCGUUGCUGGAGCGCAAAUCAUUGCCGAGGCACUCAAAGUGAACAAGACGCUGUCUUCGCUCAGUUUGAUUGAUAAUCAGAUUGGCGGUGCCGGAGCGCAAGCAAUUGCUGACACACUCAAAGUGAACGAGACGGUGACUUCACUCCAUCUGCAAGAGAAUCAGAUUGGCGAUGUUGGAGCACACGCGAUUGCUGAAGCACUCAAAGUGAACAAGACGCUGUCUUGGCUCGAUCUGGACAUCAAUGAGAUUGGCGAUGUUGGAGCACAUGCGAUUGCUGAAGCACUCAAAGCGAACACGGCGGUGACUGCACUCCAUCUGGAAGAGAAUCAGAUUGGUAGCACUGGCGCUCAGGAGAUUGCUGAAGCACUCAAAGUGAACACGAGGCUGGCGUUUCUCGACGUACAUUUAAAUUGCAUUGGCAAUGCUGGUCUUCAAGCGUUUGAUGAAGCGCGUCAUGUCAACCGUAUUCUGAAGACACUUUUGUUCGUUGUUUGUCCGAACGAUUUGUGCUCCAACCAAAGGAGUCGCCCUGCUGAGUGCUCAUUCACUUUGCUUGUUCGUGCGCAGGAUCGACAAGCAGAUCAACCCUCUUGCAUUCUCCUUUUUUCCACGAAUGUCAACUGCUGAAGACCUUCACAACGUAUUUCACUUGCUGACCAGCGAACCAGCGGUGGAGGAUCAAUCGGCAGCUCUGCCCGCACUACCAACCGAGAUUGCCGAGCUCAUUAUGGACAAAGCGCACUACUGGCAAGGCGUGCAGCAUACCAAACGAGAAUGGUUUCAUGUCGAUACCCCCGACCGCGUUCUGAAAGUCAUUGUGCCUCAAGGAAAUUCAAUCCGUGUGAAAGCAAUUCAAGUGUUUCGUGACUGGCGCAAGCGUCCUGACAACACCGGUGAUUGUGUUUUCGAUUUGACUGUCCAAGAUGAACAAGGUGAUGUUCAGUACGAAUGGGCUGUGCACCCGACUGUCGUCGAUUCGAACCUCGAGCUUGUGAUAAUCCUGCCAGCCAACCAUCCUGUCAUCCGACAAAUGCGUGAAGGUUGGCAGGUUCAAGUUCGAGCCAGCAAGUCCGCCCAAGAUGUGCAGUUUGAAUCGCUUUAUGUUGGCUAUGUCUAACAAUCAAUGCAUGUUCAUUACUCUCGCUGCUGUUGCUCACCGACUACGAAAAAAAUGAAUUCCGAGUUCGAAUCUGGA